AUGGCAGAAGCAUCACUUCCAUCUCGUCGUUGCCUUCAAAAUCGUUACCAUCUUAAGAACGCACCUCAACACUCUGUCAUUCGGGUGAUUUGCAUACACCGCCGAAACGGCAAGUCUAUAAAUAGACUAAGCACAAAAACCGAGCUCGUCAAAGAGCGGGGUGGAGAAGCAAAGCAAAACCGAUCUCGUCAAAGAGCAAGGUCGAGACAAAAGAAAAACCGAGCUCGUCAAAGAGCGGGCUCGAGGAGCAAAGCAAAACCGAUCUCGUCGAAGAGCGAGGUCGAGACAAAAGAAAAACUGAGCUCGGCAAAGAGGCUCGAGAAGCAAAAAACUGAGCUCGUCAAAGAGCAAGCUCGUCAAAGGGUGGAGUAUUACCCCCUUACUCGUCGCAACGAAUUACAAAUGGCUUGA